AUGUGGGAACUGCGGGCAGCCUCCUUCUGGAGGGCCAUAUUUGCUGAGUUCUUUGCCACCCUCUUCUAUGUCUUCUUCGGGCUAGGGGCCUCACUGCGUUGGGCCCCUGGACCACUGCAUAUCUUGCAGGUGGCUUUGGCCUUUGGCCUGGCCCUGGCUACACUGGUGCAGGCUGUGGGCCACAUCAGUGGAGCCCAUGUCAAUCCUGCAGUCACUUUCGCCUUCCUUGUGGGCUCCCAGAUGUCCCUGCUCCGUGCCUUCUGCUACAUGGCAGCCCAACUCCUGGGAGCCGUGGCUGGGGCCGCCGUGCUGUACAGUGUUACCCCGACUGCCGUCCGAGGAAACCUAGCACUUAACACGUUGCACCCUGGGGUGAGUGUGGGCCAGGCCACCAUAGUGGAGAUCUUCCUGACGCUCCAGUUCGUGCUCUGCAUCUUUGCCACAUACGACGAGAGGCGGAAUGGCCGCCUGGGCUCCGUGGCCCUGGCCGUUGGCUUCUCCCUCACCCUGGGGCACCUCUUUGGGAUGUAUUAUACUGGUGCAGGCAUGAACCCUGCCCGCUCCUUUGCUCCUGCCAUUCUUACCAGAAACUUCACCAACCACUGGGUGUACUGGGUGGGCCCAAUCAUUGGAGCAGGCCUGGGCAGUCUCCUUUAUGACUUUCUCCUCUUCCCCCGGCUCAAGAGUGUUUCUGAGAGACUGUCUAUUCUCAAGGGUGCCAGGCCCAGUGACUCCAAUGGACAACCAGAGGGCACAGGGGAACCUGUUGAACUGAAGACCCAGGCCCUGUGA